AUGGCAAAGAAGAACACAAAGGAAACCGCAUUCGAGGACAAGCUGCCCCUUGCAAUACAGACCGGUGAUGUUUUGUUUGGCUUUAAAGAGUGUAUCAAAUCACUGAUGAACCAGAGAUGCAAGAUGAUCGUUGUUUCAGGAAAUUUCCCGCCGCUCAAACGUAAAAUGCUCGAGUAUUACGCCUAUCUGAACAACAACGUUCCGCUUUAUUUCUUUAAUGGCACUAACAAUGAUCUUGCGCGAUCGUGUGACAAGUUCUACAGGGUUGGUGUUCUUUCUAUCAUUGAUGACGGUGAAGCCGAUUUAAUACCGGCUGAGGCUGCCUAAACCAGAAAAGUAAAGCCUUUUUAU